AACACUGAGGUGCGAACAUGUGUUGGUUCAUGUUUAUAAGCUUGUCAGGAACUCGACUGGACAGCAGUUCCAGCUGUGGGGAUCACUGAAGAGACAUGUUUUGGUACUUGCGAGCCGCUAUGUUUGCUGUGGCCACUCUCGUCGCACUGCUUCUGCAUGGAGCAAGCGGAACAACAGAGUUUGCUCACGGUGCCGUGACACCCGGGAAUGGAGAGGUCAUCCCUAUGGACAUCGAGCUGCACGACAACAGUAUGAUAACCUACCCAGGAACACCUGACCCGCCUCAAAAAUGCUUCAAGAAGUCAAUCAACUACCAUGACUUUACAAAGGGCUUAGUGGCUAUGAAGAUCACCGAAAAAAAUACUUGUUUUGUGAAGCCAUCUGACGAGACAUACGACGACAUUAAGAAGGUCGUAGACAACAUCGAAAAGGGAGAGAAAGCACCAAAGGUUCAAGCUACUGAAGAGUGGGUCGUUCCCAAAACGCCAUUACCUGCAGAAGAGAUCGAACAGAAAGUGGGAAAGAGGAUAGCAAAGUUCUGUAGCGGCUGCAAAGUGCAUCUCCUCCAAGACGGCAAAGUGAUCAGGGCUGCUGCAGAUGUCCCGAGAGUAACCGCGAAAAGAGGUGCUGUGAGGAACCGGUCUAAGAGAUGGUGGGGUGGAUGGUGCCUGUUCUGCUGGGGAUGUGUAGUGUCUGGAAAAUAAAGACACAGCCCGACCAUGCAAUAAAUGUGGCGUCACCUGA